AUGGUGGACCUCAUCAUAAUGGCCAUCCGUCGCCGCCUGGAAACAUGCGGACACCGGUCCCCCGGCACCCGUCAGGACAAGGCCCGGUUGGACCGCAGCAGCUUGAGCAACACUAUGGGUGCUGAAAGUGGUGAUAGCGGAGCCAGCGCGAAUCUUGAUUCCGAAGCGUCUGCUCAUAGCAGCCAGAUCAGCCUCGGUGACCAUCACGCCAUUCCGGCAGCGCCCGUUCGCUGA